ACGACCGUGGUUAGGACUUCACAUUGCGUAGAUGUCUGACAGUUGAGCCAUGCAAGCUGUAAAGGCUAUUUUAUGUGCGAUUUCAUAGAAUAUAUAAUGUUCAAUCAGUUGUAGAGAUUUGAUAGAAUAUAAUGGGUACAAAUGCGCCCUUUGUAGCAAGUGGAUUUAAAGAAGACUGCAUUAAGUUGAUCCAGCGGUUUGAGCAGUUUGACAAUGUUCGAUUUCAGGAUUUUUCACAAAUUUGGAAAGAAAUGCAAUUUUCAUUAAUAUUUACUUGUUUCAUUUUUUUUUCCAGAUGUCGACCUUCUUCGACGGAACUUGCAGAAUUCUGUGAAGAAGCAAUGCAUAUAGCGAAACUUUUUCUUCUACCACCAUAUAAAUUUAAGGAACGCGUAGCUGGAUUAUACUUGGUGUAUGCUUUAUAUUAUAAAAUCCCAAUAGACAAUGUGAAAGUUCGUGUUAAGCAAGAAGAUUGGAUACAUAUUGUGGAAUUUCAAUCUAUCAUCGAGGAGGCUGAACAUCAAGAUGCUAACUUUAUAUUAUCGAAAUUAAUAAUUGAAAAUGCCUUCGUACACUGUGUAUUUGACCAUGAGUAUGGCCUGGAAAAAUAUCUCAGAACAAAAAAACUUAAAAAAGUAAAACGUUAUUCAGUUUUACCAAUGGUCGAAGACUUGCUAGAAUCAGGCUGUCUGUUAACAAAUGUAAGCAAUUUUAGUAAACUGUACCAUGAAAAAAAGUGUGGCAUAUCAAAAAGCAAGAAACCUGAGCGUGGAUUGGAACUAUAUGAUAUAGAUUAUGUUCAUACAUUAUUUAAAGAAAUUCAUGAACUUACUGAUCAUACAGAAAAUAGUUCCAUGGAAUCUAGUAAUUUACUUGAUGAGGAUAUAGGGGAUGAAGAUUCGAAAGAAGAGACUUCCAAAUUGUUUUCCAUGAGAUGUGGACUAAAUAAAGUCAGACCAAAAGUUGGUCAUGGUUUUGAUACAGAUACUUCAGAUGAUGAUGACUCUUUAACACUUAGUCCAUUGGAAGAUUAUGAUUCUAACUUAUCAGAAGACUUGAAACGCACCUACUAUUUAUCAGAUUAGCAUUUAAAUUAGAUAGAAUAAAUGAUUUUUACUGACAUUUUUUUCUGUAUAUGCUUUAUUACAGGGUGUAAAACAUACGAAAAGAACGCUUUAAGUACAAGACAUAGAACUUUAGAAAUUUUAGGAAUGAACAGAAGCAGUGAAUGUCUCUAUUUUCGCCACAAAUAAUAGAAUAUUUAAAUUGAUUAUUGUCAUCGAAGCCUGCACUAUGCCCAGCAUUUCGAACGAUGAAACUGGUGCCGUCGUAAUGCAUACGUCUUUCGCCACGACGAACGAAAAGGUGCGAGGUCUGGCCUAAGGAGGCGGUACAGUGGAGGAAAGGUGUUGUCAAAGAAGCCGUUCCGUUACUUGGAGAUGUUCUGAGUUGAUAUUUAUUACUAUUUCGAGCGAUCCUAUUUUAAAAAUAUUGUAUUCAAAAAGUAGAAUAAAUUUGUUAACCAGUACUGAGCAGCACCUAACGCUGUGGCUGCUUCCUGAAAGCAAGCUGGACCGUGUCGAGAAUCAGAGAAAAAUACGCUCAGCGAAAAGUCCUGAAGACAAUAAUUUCAUGCAGCAUCCACAAGAUAAACCAGAGCACAUUGCUCUGAAGUGAAACUAACUCCUUUAUACCACAUUUUUGCAUACCUACUAAGAAUAUGAAAUAUAAUCAUACAUUUCUUGUGCAUUAAA